AUGUCGGGACAAGCUUCGACUUCUACAGACCCCCCUUCCGCAACAGUACAACCUGGAAGAGGAAAGGUCAAACUCCCAGACAACUACACAGGCAACUGCAUUAAAUCCCAGAAAUUCAUGCUCCAAUGCCUCCUUUUCACAGCAGAAUCCGAUCGGUAUAAGACCGAUCAGGACAAGAUAUCCCUUGUGCUCUCAUGCAUGAGAUACGGCACGGCAGGAGCCUGGGCCGAGAACUUCCUCCUCAAAUCAGUAGGAGCGGACCCUCCCACUGAUCUAGGUACCUGGAGGGACUUUUUAACAAAGUUCAAGCUCCAAUUUAGGGAGACAGGCAAGACCAAUAAAGCGCGAAGCGCACUCAUGGCCUUCUCCCAAGGACAAAUGACGGUUGAUGAAUACUCCAACCAAUUCAUUCUCAUUGCCGCCGAUGCCGACAUCUCCGACAAGGAGCAAGUCCCUUACUUCCAACGCGGGUUAGACCCGCGUGUCAUGGACAAAAUAUAUGACAAGGAAGUUCAGCCAAAGGACACCAUUCAGGACUGGAUUAACACAGCCUGUGAAAUAGACGAACGACUCAGAGCUAGAUCUGCUCAAAAGGCCAUCCUCGCCAACUCCACCUCCUUUCGCAGCAAUUAUUUGAAUCGUUUCCACACUCAACCAGCCGUCUGUUAUAACUCCACAACUGCCCCUCGCAGAAUGAACAACCAGGUGGUUGACAUGGACAUCGACGCUACCAGGAAGCGUAACGCCAAAAGUCAAAAAAGAAAAUUUGACGGCAAGCGGACCCCCUCCUGCUCUAACUGUGGAAAAUUAGGGCAUUCUGGUGCUAACUGCUGGUCGGCCCGUAGAGGCGUUCAACCAGUUCGAGGAAACUCGAAGAGACGCUUGGGUAUGACAGGGAGAAGAAACCACGCGGUUGAUUUGGAAGAAGAAGACGACGCACCCGCUAUGGGAAACCAAGCGGGAAUUCAUUGGAGAAUGGAGACAGAGAAUGUUCAUCGCAACAACCAGCGGGUACCACAACCUGGUCCUUCGAUGGAACGUCCACACUCUGCCCCAUCCGGACGACCCCAGACAGACCAUCAGCGACGCAUUAUGCUACCUGACGGACGACGGGGAAACGGAGGCGUCAGUCAUUCUGCUCGAAUCGGAGCAGUGCUAGGAGAAUUAGGAGAAGAUGAAGCAAGAGAAGUGAUCUUGGGACACGCGGAGCGUUUUUCCUGA